AUACUGUUCUUCCGAAGUUCAACCUUGACUUUGUUGUAGCUCUGCUGAGGCAAGAAAAUGCUAAAGACAUCUGUGUCAUCCAGCUACCUCCAGAAAUAAAAUACUGUAACUAUUUUAUAAUUGUGAGUGGCUCUUCAACACGACAUCUCCAUGCAAUGGCACAUUACAUGCUGAAAAUGUACAAGCUUCACAAAGAAGAAAAUGAUCCUCAUACUCGGAGAGAUGACUGGCUGUGCAUUGAUUUUGGUAGCAUAGUGAUACAUUUCAUGCUGCCAGAGACACGAGAGGCUUAUGAAUUGGAGAAGCUAUGGACUCUGGGUUCCUACGAUGACCAGUUAGCACAGAUGACUGUACAGUCACUACCAGAAGACUUCAUAUUUGGACUGACUCCUAACAGCAGUGAUCAUCUUGAGACAGAACUUAAUGCAGCUGCUGAGUGGAAAGAAAAAUGA